AUGGCUCGCCCGGGACGGCUCCUCUUUGCAGCAGCUGCGCUGCUCUUUGCACUCCGCUGCUGCUUCGUGCCAGGCCCAUCUGCAGCGCCGAAGGCCCAAUCCGAGUUCAAUCCUGCAGUCGCCGCCUCCGCCGCCUUGCCUGCCCUGACCAUGCUGGCGGAGGAUGCUGAAGCCAAGUACGGAGAUCAGCGAAAGUUUGCAGCCGUGUUGGUGCCACUGACAACCCUCGUCUUCCCUGCAGUGGCGAUGGGCAUGUUCGUGCUGUAUUCCUUCCAGGAUGAUGCUUUCUGGCGUGUGGUGCCAGGCACGAAGCGUGCGCAGGAGAUGGAAGAUGCCUGGAGAGAGCACCCGCUCUUCGCUAACUCCCAGGAUCCCUUUGAUGGCCUCGUCAACCCUGACGACUACGAGAAGGGCUUGGAGGAGGCUUGGGAGCGUGCCAAGCCAGCUGGCAGCACGGUGACAGUGAAGGACAAGCUCCAGCAGCUGUCCAAGCAGAACAACCCGCACUGGGAGUCCUGGAGGAAACUCUCCGCCUAG